CGGCAGCUGGGCUGGGCGCGCCGGGGCGCCGGCUCCCGGUCGGACGUGCCUCCUGCCGUUGCUGCUGUGCGUCGCGCUCCAGAGCCUGCUGGCCAGCUCCGGCAGCGAGGUGAAUUUACUGGACUCACGCACAGUAAUGGGAGAUCUAGGAUGGAUAGCCUACCCAAAAAACGGGUGGGAAGAAAUUGGUGAGGUGGAUGAAAACUACGCUCCAAUACACACAUACCAAGUGUGCAAGGUAAUGGAACAAAAUCAGAACAACUGGCUUCUGACCAGCUGGAUCUCUAAUGAAGGGGCAACCCGCAUCUUCAUUGAGCUCAAAUUUACCCUGAGAGACUGUAACAGCCUUCCAGGAGGACUUGGGACUUGCAAAGAGACUUUUAACAUGUAUUACUUUGAAUCAGAUGAUGAAGAUGGGAGGAACAUCAAAGAAAACCAGUACAUCAAGAUUGAUACCAUUGCUGCUGAUGAGAGCUUCACAGAGUUAGACCUCGGUGACAGGGUUAUGAAGCUAAACACAGAAGUUAGAGACGUUGGGCCGCUAACGAAGAAAGGGUUUUACCUGGCUUUCCAGGACGUGGGCGCCUGCAUCGCCCUGGUCUCCGUGCGUGUGUACUACAAGAAAUGCUCAUCAGUGAUCCGCAACCUGGCGCGCUUCCCUGACACCAUCACAGGCGCAGAUUCCUCGCAGCUGCUAGAGGUGUCAGGCGUCUGUGUCAACCACUCUGUGACCGAUGAACCGCCCAAGAUGCACUGCAGUGCUGAAGGGGAGUGGCUGGUGCCCAUUGGGAAGUGCUUGUGCAAGGCGGGGUAUGAGGAGAAGAACAACACCUGCCAAGUAUGCAGACCUGGGUUCUUCAAAGCUUCACCCCACAGUCCAUCCUGCAGCAAAUGUCCCCCUCACAGCUACACGCUUGAUGAAGCAUCCACAUCUUGCCUGUGUGAAGAACACUAUUUUAGGAAGGAAUCAGACCCACCUACAAUGGCCUGUACAAGACCCCCCUCUGCUCCUCGGAGUGCCAUCUCAAAUGUUAACGAGACUAGUGUCUUUCUGGAAUGGAUUCCCCCUGCUGAUACUGGUGGAAGGAAAGAUAUGUCUUAUUUUAUUGCAUGCAAGAAGUGCAACUCACACUCAGGUCUGUGUGAGGCUUGUGACGGUCAUGUCAGGUACCUCCCCCAACAAACCGGCCUGAAAAACACCUCUGUCAUGAUGGUGGAUCUACUUGCUCAUACAAACUAUACCUUUGAAAUUGAGGCAGUGAAUGGAGUUUCCGACCAGAACCCUGGAGCUCGACAGUUUGUGUCUGUAAAUGUAACCACAAACCAGGCAGCACCUUCUCCAGUCAGUAGUGUGAAAAAAGGGAAGAUAACUAAAAAUAGCAUCUCCCUUUCCUGGCAGGAGCCAGAUCGACCCAACGGCAUCAUCCUGGAAUAUGAAAUCAAAUAUUUUGAAAAGGACCAGGAGACGAGUUACACCAUCAUCAAAUCUAAAGAGACGACGAUUACGGCGGAUGGCUUGAAACCAGACUCGGCGUACGUAUUCCAAAUCCGAGCCCGCACCGCAGCUGGCUACGGUGGCUUCAGUCGAAGAUUUGAGUUUGAAACCAGCCCUAUGUCAGUAGCUGCAUCCAGUGACCAGAGCCAGAUUCCUAUAAUUGUUGUGUCUGUAACAGUGGGAGUCAUUCUGCUGGCCGUUGUUAUUGGUUUCCUUCUCAGCGGAAGGCGGUGUGGCUAUAGCAAGGCUAAACAAGAUCCAGAAGAAGAAAAGAUGCAUUUUCAUAAUGGCCACAUUAAGCUGCCUGGAGUAAGGACCUACAUUGACCCCCACACCUAUGAGGACCCUAAUCAGGCCGUCCAUGAGUUUGCUAAGGAAAUAGAAGCUUCAUGCAUAACCAUUGAAAGAGUUAUUGGAGCUGGUGAAUUUGGGGAAGUCUGCAGUGGGCGGCUGAAGCUGCAGGGGAAGCGGGAGUUUCCAGUGGCUAUCAAAACCCUGAAGGUGGGCUACACAGAGAAACAGAGGCGAGAUUUCUUGGGUGAAGCAAGCAUCAUGGGGCAGUUUGACCACCCCAACAUCAUCCACCUGGAAGGCGUUGUCACAAAAAGCAAACCAGUAAUGAUAGUGACUGAAUACAUGGAGAAUGGUUCUCUGGAUACAUUUUUAAAGAAAAACGAUGGACAGUUCACGGUCAUUCAGCUGGUUGGGAUGCUGCGAGGCAUUGCGUCAGGAAUGAAGUACCUGUCUGACAUGGGCUAUGUACACAGAGAUCUGGCUGCCAGGAAUAUCCUAAUCAACAGCAACUUAGUCUGCAAGGUGUCGGACUUUGGCCUCUCCAGAGUCCUGGAGGAUGACCCUGAAGCAGCAUACACAACCAGAGGCGGGAAGAUCCCCAUCAGAUGGACAGCACCUGAAGCCAUUGCCUUCCGCAAGUUCACAUCAGCCAGUGAUGUCUGGAGUUAUGGCAUUGUGAUGUGGGAGGUGAUGUCCUACGGCGAGAGGCCUUACUGGGAAAUGACAAACCAAGAUGUGAUUAAAGCCGUGGAGGAAGGCUAUCGCCUGCCAAGUCCCAUGGACUGCCCUGCUGCUCUGUACCAGCUAAUGCUCGACUGCUGGCAGAAAGACCGCAACAGCCGGCCCAAGUUUGACGAAAUUGUCAGCUUGUUGGACAAGCUCAUCCGUAACCCAAGCAGCUUGAAGACAUUGGUUAAUGCAUCAAGCAGAAUAUCGAAUCUGUUGGUAGAGCACAGUCCAGUCGGGAGCGGUGCCUACAGGUCAGUGGGCGAGUGGCUGGAAGCCAUCAAAAUGGGCCGAUACACAGAGAUCUUCAUGGAGAACGGAUACAGUUCAAUGGAUGCUGUGGCUCAGGUUACCCUAGAGGAUUUGAGGCGGCUGGGAGUGACACUUGUUGGUCACCAGAAGAAGAUAAUGAACAGCCUUCAAGAGAUGAAGGUCCAGUUGGUGAAUGGGAUGGUGCCAUUGUAACUCGGUUUUAAAGUCGCUUCCUCAAGUGGGUCGGUCCUGCACUUUGUACACUAGGCCUGAGAUUUAUUUUGACUAAAAAAAAAAACACAAAGAAGAGAUAAAAAGGGAAAUUCAGUGGUUUCUAUAACCGAAGGACUUUGGCCUCUGCCACGGUGUUUCUAAAGCAGUGUUUGACUAAAGAUUUCCUCCUUUUCUUCCUAUUUGUGUCCUCAUUUUCAUGAAGUAGAUGUAAGAUGCAUGGAACAUGGAAACAAAUCUGCUGUACUUGAAGUUAACCGAUCUCUUAAGCUUCAGCAACGACAACAGCAAGCCUUCCCACCACACGUUGUCUGUACAUGGGAUAUAUAUAUAUAUAUAGCACCUUUAUACACUGAAUUACAGCAGCACAUGGUCAUACUUCCAAGGACUUCAGCAGAGGAGUGUUGCAGCCAUUUGUGAGCUCCCAAAAGCUGCGGUGUACUGAAGUUUAACUUCGAGUCUUACUUGUCUACAGAAGUGUAUUGAAGAGCAAUAUGAUUAGAUUAUUUCUGGAUAGCUAUUUUGUUUUGUAAAUUUAAAGAAAAGAAAAAUAAUGCUGUUACACAGCAUUAAGUUAUAAAGACUAGUGUAUAAACAAUGUUGCUUGCUCCAUGGCAAAUACAAUACAGGGUGUAUAUUUAUUUUCUUUCCUCCUCCCUCUGUGUUACCAAGUUCUUUCCUGUUUUUUCUUCUGGGAGGAUAAUACAUGAUGAAGAUGUAUAUACUGUACAGUUUGCUACACAUCAGGUACAAGAUUGGGGCUCUUUCCUUGGUUUUGGGAUUUUUCCUCCACUUUCACUUUGUUUUGUCUCCCUUUUGUGCUACCACUGUGCUUUGUAUUUUUGCUGCUGUUUGGUUUGAGAAACAUAGAAAGCCUUCAGAAGUUUUUACAUAUACAAGGUAGAAGGAGUCUGCUUAAACAAAAGACAUUGCCCCCUCUUUCUUUUUACCAUGUGCUGGGGACAUCCAGAAAGAAAUGUUAAAGACCUUGCUCUCAGUGGCCUCAAGUGACAGCAUGGCAUUGGUUUUCAUGUGUCUGAGUCCUGCUCAAAGGUAGCAUGGGAUUGCCCCGCACCAGCAUUUCAGCCCAAUAGCCACAACCCAGUACAGUCCUCACCUCAGUUCCUGGAGCUCAGGGGAGAAAACGUAAGAUGAUUUUAUCUGGAAGGAAGGGAUGCUGUCCGAGGUUGUCUCUCUAGGCAUUUUCAGUUUGGGUAUGGACCUGGUCACUUUGUGGCAGAGUGCAGAGAGGAAGAAAGAACACAGUAGCCCAACAUGAUCACAGCAGUGGCAUCCCCCUAUAUGGGCAAGAAAGUUCCAUCUAUCUGGGACUGGCUCGGGUGACCACUUGCUUGUAGCUGGUGUUCAGUGUGUCCAUUAAAACUCACAGCUGCUGUUUUCAGUGGGAGCUGAGGGCAAUACGAUCCCUCAGAAAUCUCACCAAGAAACAAUUUGUCCUAUCCUCUUUUUUUUUUUUCUUGUUUUAGAUAGGAGUAAUUGAUUUCAUAUUUGUAGGUUAGGCUCUUUUUUUUUUGUGAAGGCUGUGGUAAAGUUAAGGAUUUAGAAAUGGUUCAGUGGGUGGGGAAGUGGUUGCUGUUUCUUUAGAUAUAUCGCUACCUUAGAGGUUGGGCAGCAUCUUGUAGCAUUCUUCCUUAGUGAUGACAUCAACAUUCUAACUUGUUGCAGCUCCCUUUGUCCCUGGCACUGCAGAGCCAAGCCCGUGGAGCUCCUCCAGAGCCAAGAGGUUGUCCCUUCACAUCUUGUAGGAGUAGGUGCUGAAUGCCACUUUCAGCCAUUUCAAGGGUCUUUAUUCCAUUCCCCCAAGCCUUUGGAUGAGAUUUGGUACAAACAAAAGGUUUCUGAAGAAAAGAGAAAGGUCUAGGAGGAGAGGGUUGGGGUUUGGGGAUUUUUUCCUAACAGCAAGGCUUGCUCCAUUUCAGCAGGGCAUCUUUGAAAUGACCUUCUCCUCUACUACAGAUUGCUAUCAAGCUCCUCUGGAAUCCAGAGAAAUAGGAGGGAGAAGAGCUACAGUGAGGGCUGAUGAAUCUUGACAAUGUGAUUUCUCUUCCUGUUACUUCAUUUUGGCAGUCACCAGAUCACAAAAGGGGGAGGAGGGAAUCAAGACAUAACAAUUUUGGCGCAUGAACAGAAUUUGUUAUAUAACAAAUAAGAUUAUUAGAGCUGUCAGCAGAGCAGUCUUGGGAUUGCCUGUGCCUCCCUGCCUGCAGUACUUGGAAAAAUAACCCACAGGAAGAGAGAAACAAGUUGUUUGGUUGGGAGGAAUGGCUCAGUUGCCACCCACAGCUAUCAGCUGCACCGAGAGAUGCUGUUAGCAAACGUGCAGUACUUUCUGCCUGUCAUCUCCAUUCAUUCCUUACCAGUUGGCUCUGCAGGAAGAGAAGGGUUUGGUCUUUGUUUCUUUCACUGACUUUUAACACCUAAACCCUCUUUUCAACAUUUGUAGGGUUUUACAGGUAUAUGUGGUAUGGCUGGGAUGCAAACCAGGUACUGGACUAACCUUCAGAAUGAUGAACUAGUGGAAAACAAACUGUUCUUAAGCCAGACUAAGUUUGUAAAUAGGGCAGCUCUCCUUGGAUCCUCCAGUAAAUAAAUAAAUAACCUUUUCUAUUUAUUUCAAGAGCUGUUCUUGCUAUAGAUCUCUGUAUAAUAAGCUUUGUCUCAGAGCUAAAAAUAAAAUAUUAAGUGGUGUUUCCAUGAGGAGGGUCCAAAAGUUACAGCUUCUAUGUCUGCAAGCAAAUUCCACAGACCAUGAAGGUUGCUAUCCAAGGACAGCAAAUACUCUGUGUUUUGAACAUGAUCGUAUACGAUGGGGUGAUGAAGAAGGAGAUGGCAAGAGCAUUUUACUGGUUAUGCUCCUUGUAAAGGCUGUAGGUGUAUUUCCUGCCUACAGUAAGUCUGAGCACGUUGCUUUUCCAGCUUGCUGUUACGGCAAUUGAUCCAACAAAGACUUUUUCCCUCCGCCUCACAGUAUAUUUUGCUGCUGAUUGCGAGGAAGGUAUUUUAGGUGAUCUGGGAAGGUGAAAAGUCUCUCUUUUUGAUACAGGUUUUCUUUUGGGGAGAAGAAAGUGUCCCCAAGCAUGGCUUGUGUAGGCUGACCCCUUUCAUUCUGUAUCUGCCAUUUGGAAUAAUUACCUGAGCAUUAAAAAGGAAGACUGAUUUAAAAGGAGAAAAACAACAACAAAAAAAGACAGUUUGUUAUUUGUUCCUUCUAUAUGUUAAUGACAAGAAGAAAAAAAAAAAGUUUUUGUUUUGUUUAUUCAGUGUUGAAUACAAUGUAGAAAGACCCAGUGGUUGAGAGACUGUGACUUCUUGGAGUGCUGUGGUCUUGAAAUUAGUCGGUAGGGUGAAUGUAAGAUACUUCAGUAGCACUCUUAAGAUUAAAGCUUAGUUUCCAAUGCUUUAUUGUAAUUCCUUAGGGCAAGAGGUGUGAGAGCUCAUGCUGCCAGAGCUGCAGCAGCCCUCUCAGCUCCUGGCAUCAGCAUUUUAACUCGUAGGAGGCUGUAGCUUUGCUCUAUUCCUCCCCUCCCUGGCACCUCCUUGGAUGCUCUCUGUGCAUUUUGUUUGUGUACA